GUACAUAUCGGUUGAACAGUUUCAUAAACUACGAAAAAUAGACUCAGGUGUCGCUAGUUGCGUCGUCUAUCUCUUUUUGUCAUAUCGCAUUAGAGGAAAAUGGAAGGGCAUUAUUGUAUGUGUAUAUGUACAAUCUUGCGUGGACAUGUGUACUGUACGAAUUCUUUCCUUUCAUUCGUUAUUUGCAGUGUUUCACUUUGUAAGCAUCGCUUUUAUUGCGAUUGAUUUGUUUUUAUUAUAAUUUAGUGAUAGUGGUUUAUAAAGGUACCUUUCUUGUGAGAAACAAGUGAUCCCAUUCUACUGAAUCAAGCUGUGAUAAAAGUGGACAUACAUGAUGAUGAGACGGACACAUCUCGCUAUGUGACCUUUUUACACACUGUGGUUUCUAAAGUGUACAUUAUGCGAUUCUGUCGAAGAUAAUAAAAAACUAAACCGCAGCUACUCGUUUUUUCAAGAAGUUACAAUAGUUUUACAAUGGGGUCGAAAAGGGCUCCGCCAUAAAAUAAUCAACAGGGACAUUUGUCGAUCGUAAAACUACAAUUCAUGAUUUCGAUACAAAAAAAGACAACAGUCGACGAUGGUGAAGCGGCCCCGGAACAAGAGGAGGCCGACAAGCGAUGAUCGGUGGGCUGGAAGCGAUGCAGAAAGAGGUUCCAGCUGGUCCGUCGGAGGAUCACGUCGCGGCACGCUCAGCUAAUGAGCGGCAGAGUGACGCGGCGUGUGAUGUGUGUGUGCGAUGUCGGGCAAGCCCGCGAGUGUGGGCGCGUCGCGAGCGGGUGUGGCGGGCUCGCCGCGCGUGCUGGUGUACGUGGCCGAGCCGCGCCAGCUAGAGGCCGGCGCCGCGGGACCCGAGCCGCCGCCCGCGCGCCACCCGCCGCUCGACGCGCUCUACUUGCCCGAUAACCUGCAGCCUCAUCUCUCGCUGCCCCGCGGGCCUCCUUACAGGCCUAACUUGGAUAGGCCUGAUCACCGAAAUCCUUCCAACGCCAUAUUCUACAAACCAUUGAAUGAAACUGAAGGCAAGUUGAGUGUUUAUGGGGCUGCAGAUGGGGUAGUGCAACGGGCAGACCUGUGUCCGAGUUCCAGGCAGUGUGCCAAAGAGCCCUGUAUAAAAAAUGACAACAGUAGAAAUGCAAGUGACGGUGGCUCUGUUGUGAAGCGUGAUUGUGCAGACCAAUUGGGUAUAGAUUUUUGUGGUGUAGAAACAUUUAAUAGACAGCUACCUGUGGAAACCUUAGAUGCAGCUACAUAUCCAAGAUGCACAAUCCCAGGAAGCUCUGAUAGUACUAUGCAUCCUGUUCAACAGGUAGAAAUUCGGCAUGGUCAAAAUCAAUUCAGUGAGAGUGUGACAGUACACAGUGGUGACAUAGUAAACUGCAGUGACAGAGAGCUAUCUGUGAGUAAGGGCUUUGUGAACUACCAGUUUUUGGAACAGAGUGUGUCACACCAAUCUAUAGUGAAUCAAAGUAUAAGCAUUCUUAAUCAACAAGUGGGUGUAAAUCGUGGAAUUAUCAGUGAAGGUGAUGGUGGCAGUGGUCCCCAAUUAGUUAGAACUGCAGAUGGUAUGGUCCUGGCUGUGUUGCCUGCCCCAGUUAUAGCACAGCCUGGUGACCUGGCAGAGCCUGCCUCCAGGCCGGUGUCUACUGACUCCACACAGACUGUAAUAGUGCCCUUGGGUUGGAGAAGGAUUGUCAAUAGUGCAUCUGUUCUCUAUAUAAGUCCGAGCGGCACAGCAUUGAGUACUCUAUCACAGCUGCGAGAAUAUCUUCAGACGGCUGGCACUUGUAAAUGUGGGUUGCCUUGUCCGUUGAGACCGGAGACUACAUUCAGUUUCGAUCCAAAGGUGGCUAGCAAACCUUAUCAAGCUGUUUCUGGGGCAGAGUUGACGAAAUUGUGCAAUCAUAAACGGAAACUACUGGCAACACUGCAAGCGCGCUCCCAGUCACCCGCUACGCCACCCCCGCAGAAUAUUGAACAAAAAAAAGUCGCGGCUACCGAGUCGACAGCAGUCAAGAAAAAGAUGAAGAAAAGGUCCGGAUUCGCAACUAAUGUGAGUGUCUCCCAAUUAAUGGUGCAGAGGGAACGCUCCCAUGGCGAGAUAAAGUCUCAAGAUUCGGAACCUUGUCGCGAAGUGUCAUCAGCUAUCGCGAUACAGCGCGGGAACAACACGCAACAAUCUUGUCUAUCAACGUUUCCACCAGCGCAACAGGGCGCAGUCUCCCAAGAUGGAGAUAUACGGCAAGAUACCCACGUCCACCGGAGUUCUCACUAUCUCACAGUGAACAGCGGGUGGAUAUCACAACAUCAGGAGAAUUCUGACAAUGGACAGAAGCUCAGCCAGUCUUCUGCUGUAUCAGCUAGUUCCUCUAUUAAUAUUGGAAUGCCGGUUUUAGGCACUAACGGCCAAAUAAUUGGGGUUAAUACUGGACUUAGUAAGCAUUCAAGCUACAAAAAUAUUUCAACCAUUUCUCAGAAUUUAGAAAUUGAACAAAAAGAAGAUAAGAAAGAUGUAACGACGUUGCAAAAUUCCCAUUCUUUAAAUUUAAAACACCCUUACAAAGAGGAAGAAUCACAAAUAUUUUGUGGUUUAAACCAACCGUUAACUCCAGAAGUAAUGCAAAAAAUUAACGAGCAACAACAGAUAUUUAUACAACAAAAUCAGAAGCAAAUUGAAAUGAAAAUGAAAGGUUUUAGGACACAGAUAGAAAAUAUUAGCCAAAAUAAGCAAAGUCAAAGUCAAUAUGUGCCUCAAGCUCAGUUAGUAAUACAGAAUGGUGCAGUGGUUAAAACAAAUCCAGCGAAAACGCCUCCAUGGCAAGUGAAGAGGAAUGACUCUAAUUUCUCUAAUCCUAUAACAAGUCCCGGACCGAAAUUACAAAAACCAGAUAAUACAGAUUACGAUGAAGUUAAUACAAACAUAUCGGAGGAUUCUUCUAGUUCCUACAGCUCGUUCUCGAGUAACGAACAAGCCGUGAAUCAAGCGAUGUGCUCGCGUGUACCUCCGUUACCGCAACACUACACCAUGAUGGGGCAACAAUGGCCUGCCACAGAUACAAACAAGAAAAAGACUAAAGGUAAUAAAGGCGGUAAAAAGAAAAAUAGUCCAGCGGAAAAUAAAGUUGUCACGAUUGGAUGUAACGGAAUGCGCCUCUUACAAGAUGCAAAAGGUAUGCCAUGUGACGAUCUAUCGAGCAAUAAUGUUCCAUCUUUUAUGGAAGACCCUAAUGGAUACUUGGCCCAGCAAACAGUAUUAUUGAAUAAUACUAUUUCGAAACAAGUAGGGAUAAAUUCGUCAUAUGAUAACAAUCAGUAUGAUAAUACUAAUAACAGUUGCUUCGUCACGCAAAACCAGGUGGAGAAAAUCAAGCCCGUUGUAAAAUCUAACGAAAUUUCUAACAUCUACAGACACAAUGUGCCAAAUCCAUCACUUUCUCCGACCAGCAUACCUGACAGUAGCAUGUUACCGGACAACGUUAUGCCUCAGUGUUGUAAGGGUUGUAAUCUAUCAAUGAAGAAUAAUAGCCCUGAGUAUACAGACAAUCAGGUGAGACUUAAAUAUAUGAAGCACAAUGUAUACAAGAUGGAAAUAGAUGGCAGCCAUGCAAUUUCAAGUCCCAAGCAUAGUUAUGAUGAUAAUCCAGUAACAUCGACAUUCAUUGAACGAAGUCCCACGUUGAACGACAACUGCGGUCCUAUACAGGCUGGAACUGUUAGCACCAGCAACGUUUCGCUCACAGAGACUCUUCAACCUCCAGAACCAUCGCCGACGUCAUCAAAUAGUUCAAGGAACACGGACACUCCACAUAGUAGCGGCAGCAAUAGUUCUCAAGUGCUACCUAACGGUUCAUAUCCAGUACCAAGUCCGGCAUGUUCGAAUUCCGGUUCGUGUCGCGACAAUUUUAACAGUAAUCCCCCGACACCAGGCAGCAGUCAAGUUUAUGCUUAUAAUUCCCCUGGACCGCCAAACAACCAGUCUAUUACUGGUACUCAAAUGAUGCAUUUCAUAUCGAAUCAUAACGUGAAUAAAAAUCUCAUGGAAGUAGAUAACAUAUCAACAAUGGUCGGAGUAAAAUCCGGUUUAAAAUCGUCUCCGGAUAUGUAUAGACUAGAAUCUCGAAGACGGAUAGAAAAUACCAUGCCGGGCUACUGUCCCCCUCCGCAUCUUGGCGGAGGUCCAGCCCACUCACUAAUACAAACAUGUUACGUCCAAACAUUUGUAACGACUAUGGCUAGUGGAUUUUCUGUCACUCGAGAUACCGUUACCUCGGUGCUAGCUGGUAAGGCAAAUACUGCAACUACAUCAAUAAAUGCUUCUCAAGCCAAUUUCAUUAGGCCGCCCCCACCGCCAAGCAUCAAUUUAGCCACCACGUACGCAAUACCAAAUAAUCAACCGGAUCCCUUCUUUAAUUCAGUAAACUUACCAACCAGCUAUCCUUUACAUAUAGCUGGAACAACGGCGCAGAGCAUGAUUACUAAAUCACCGCUAGAAAUGGUGCAAAAUGUUAUUGGGAAUUUGCCAGCUAAAUCGGAAACGGGAAUCACACAAUCAGGCUCUCUAUCACAAUUGAGGAAGACAUGUCCAACAACACCUGGCCAAAUUCUCAUAUCCUCGACUGGUCAAAUAAUUGUAUCCAACAAUCAGAUGCCGCCGCCACCCCCUAAGACUACGACCGCAACAUCGGCAAUUCAAAGCUCUGGCGCUGUGACAAAUGUCAGCGCGUCUGUUACUCAAGUUAUACCGACAGUGGGUACGGUACAGCCGAUGGUGAAUCAACCUACAGUGGUGGUGAAUACUUUACCAGCGCCAUUCGUUUUGCAGCCGCCAAUGGUAGCCGUGGACGGCCAAGUCGUACAACAGAAUGCCGUGUUGCCACAAAUUAUGACUGGAGGCAUCGUACCAGGGCAAUCACCGAACGAAAACACCAGGCAGCUCGAUGUUAAAAAUCAUCAUAGUUUCGUGCAGGGUGUAGCCAUGUUGUCUCCAGAGAGCUUAAAAAAGAGAAAUAAGAAAAAGAAGACUCAAUCGCCUAACAUAACGAAUGUUUUACAAAUAGCGGCACCACAGCCGAACCCUAGUAAUAUAAUGGUGCAUCAUACCUCGCCUCAACACAAUACUAGUCCACAAUUUUCACCUAGGAAUUUUCAACUGUCUCCAAAUAACAACAUAUCACCCACACCUAUGCUGCAAGCGCUUACUAUAUUGCCGGGCAAAUCUGGAACUCCAGCUCAUAUAGUAAUGAAUGGACAAGGUAACACAAAUAAUUAUGGUUCCCAGCAAAUAAUCGCCAACACGUCCCCGUCGCAACAAAUAAAUCUGUUACAACCAGUUAACUUAUUGAACAAUGCUAGUGGCGUCAUGCCAAAUUUUCCAGCUUUCCAACAAUUUAUCGUGCCUAAUCUCGGCGGUAUGGUAAUGACUGCCGACGGUACUGCCAUUAUUCAAGAUAAUUCUACCGGAAUGCCUAUGCAGCUUCAACUGCAAGCGGUCAACGGACAGAAUGUCCUUACUCCCAUGCAAAAUUCUAGCGUGUUCGCCACCGGCCCAAACAGUGGAGUUGUCAUUCGAGCUCAGAAUCAACAGAGCAAAAUAAUACAGUCCCAACACAGCCCCGGUGCUCAAUUUUUGUCUCCAAACGGCCAAGUCGUCAUGAAUGGUCCUAAUUUUAAUGGUCAACUGAGCCCGUUGCUCGCUAAUCUCAGUCCGACGAGUGUGACUUUUAACACAGCUGCUCAAAUGCGUCCCGGAAGUGUUCAGACGCAGGAAUACAUCCAGACAAACCAGGCCGGACAGACGCUAAUGGUACCGUUGUCGCCGAAGCGUGUCUCGCUCGCCUCCGCACCCACGAACAGGGGCAAUCCGACAUUCGUCCACCAGAACACGACCAUAGUGCAGCAGCAGACCACUUUGGUAUCCAACUCGCAGGGCGCCGCACAGGUGGCGCUCGCGGCCGCUCCACACGUCCGACCCUUCGGCGACGCGCUCGGCGCCAAGAAUAAGAGCAGGACGCUCGCCGAGGCGGCCGCGGAACACGUCCGCGUUGAGGAAAUCGUCGAACGGAAGAUCAUUGGCGGCGUUCGCCAGCGCCAAGCGGACGGCGACGGCAGGGAUGCGGUCGAUGGACACGCGCGCCACUCGGUGUCCACGCAGACGCUGGUGAACCAGGCGGCGGGCGCGGGCGGGGGCGGGGGCGCGUGCGCGGGCUCGGCGGGCGCGGCGGGCGCGACGGGCAGCCCGCCCGACACCACGACGCACAGCCCGCUGGGCGCGCUGGAGCCGGCGCCGAGCCCGCGGCUGUGCGCGGCGCGGUGCCUCUCCACGCAGGCUAACUACGCCGACACCACCACCGAGUCCCCGGAGCCGGCAGACGCUAACUCCUCGGCAAUGGUGCAGUGCGUGUCCAGCAGCGAGCAGGACAUGGCCGACUCGCGCGACCACUCGUGGUCUGCGCCACGCAAUGACUUCAGCGCAGACAACGACGCGCAAAGUAUGAUUUCAAACAUUACAUUAAUGCGGUCAAAUCGUCCUCACAACACCGUGGAAUCUACCGACAUACAUUACAAUCAAAAUAUGAGCACGCCGUCUAUGAACAACCAACAUAUAAUGGCUAUGACGUCAAAUAGUUAUUACGACCGAACUCACACAUAUAAGAGGAAGAAUGAGUUCGGAGAUGGUUCCACGUACAGAUCGGACAAAAUAAUGAGGACGAACAGUUACAAUGCAAUCCACGGACUACCCAAAGAGUCAGAAUAUGACACGCUUGGUAUUAGCUCUCACGACAAAUCGCACACGCGACAUUUUCCAUCUGGAUCCAGUUCGGAGAUGUCAUCUUUGCCAAAGUUGUUUGACCGACAUUUAGGGUCGGGCGAUGAUACUAAAAGCGAAGACGAAGUCGACGAACGGCCGCAAGAGUCCAGUUGCGACAAACAAACGCACGACUUCGAACCGGGAGACCUAGUGUGGGGGCCCGUGAAGGGGUACGCGUCGUGGCCCGGCAAGCUGCAGGCGCGCGCCGCCGACGGCCGCUGGACCGUGCGCUGGUUCGGCGCCGACAAGGGCGUCGCGCUCCUCGACCGCGCGCGCCUGCUCUCGCUCUGCGACGGGCUCGAGGCGCACCACGCCGCCAGCACCAGGCACCGGAAGAGUAGAAAAUUAAACAGUCUCCUCGAGAAUGCAAUACAGGAAGCCAUGGCUGAACUUGACAAGAAGAGUGAAGAAAUGAUAAACAAAUCAGCUAAUGAACGGGCCCGUGAACAGGUAAAUGAGGAGACUGUAGUGACGGAGACUCCAAAGAGGGGAAAAAGGCCGGAUAAAAUGAGGAACAGGGAAAAGCACCAGAAGAAAAGUAUUGUAAAAUUAUCAGCUAAUACAAACAAACCAGCAGAUGCGAGGCUGCGCAGUUCCCGAUGACGACGCGGUAAUAUUGAUGGAGAACAUUUCAUGAAGCUGUCGUAAACCUUUCCUUAGAAUAAUGUAGGUGGCGUAAAUGACUUUUGAUGGAUGGUAUUAACAUAGUGUUAAAGUUAUUGUAUAGGGUUCCAAGGGUAACCAUAUUAUGUUAUAUUAAUAUUUUGAUAAGACGUUACAUGGUACGUGUCCAAUAAGACUUAACAUCGGCAUAAGAUGUGCGGAACAUCAUCACAUAAUCAAAUUACUAUCAUCACCGCAGUAUGACAUUAACAUAAAAUGUAGCUAUUUUAAAUUUAAAUUAAUUCUAGUUAGAACAAUUAAUUUGAGAUUUUAUGUAUGUACCUAUAUAAAGCUUAAUUUAAAAAAUCGUAACGAGUAUAUUUCUUGCUUAUCUAUAGGUGACUUUUACCAUUCCUUUUGAUAAUUGGGAUCACAAUGUAUGUUUUGUGAAUAUUACGAUAUAAAUGUCAUCUUUAGAUCAGAUUUCCUUCGGGACGUUAGAUGUUCCUAAUAAAUACUUAUAUGCGAAAUUGAAAUAAUUCCCAUUAUAAAAGAGAUGCUAAUGUAAUAAUGAUUUAUCACAGAUUUUAUAAAGUACGUUGUAAGUAUAGUGUAGAUUUAAAAACGUGAUUUUGAAUCAUCGUUAUUCCGCGUAAUAUUUUAAAUAAGUGAUAACUUUAAGUAACCUCACUGGAUUCUCACGAUAUAAUGUAAUAAAUUGUAAAAUUCCACGACCGCCAUCGAUGUCUUGUACAAUUAUAGUAAACUGUAAAUUAUUAAAAAAAAAUGCUAUAUAUUCUGUAAAUUAUGUGUUUUGUUAGAAAGUAAUAAGUAUAACACGAUUUCUAGUCAAAAUAUUGAACAUAUUGAAAUGUAGAUAUUAUAGAUGUGUUAACUGACAAUAACGCUGGCCUGGCGUCCCCGCUCCGGGACGCAGACGAUACGUCGACUUGUUUGGGUUUAAUAUUAUAAGUACAGAUCAUACAUUAUUACUUUCAACAUUGUGCUACUUGUUUACGUUAUUGAUUUUAUAUACUUCCGUUAAAUGUUCUAGGAUUGAUAUAAAUAAAUUUAAUAACGCCGUUUAGGUUGAAAUUUUGGCAUUACUAUAUGUGACUUCGUGUCAAAAUUUCAAUCUUUAUAAUAUUAUAAUAAUAGAUUACUAUCUUGAUAGAGAAAAAAAUUAUAACAUCGUCACAUUUUGUACGGAAUUUUUAAAAGUCUAUUGUAAUAAGGGGCCUAUUUGAGAAAAUAUACGGGCAUUCGAGAUUUAUAGAAAAAAAAAAACGCAGCCAUAUAUAAUGGUGUCGCAUCACAGACAAUCACA